CUUCUGAUAAUCUGAGUUGGUCGUAUACUGAGCUAAGGUAAAGGAUUUUAACUAUGGCGACAUUGAAUGGAGGAAUUAAGUGCGGUACUGAUUCUCCCGACGGCACAAUCACCACCACUUGGUGGACGCGUCUAACCUUCGCCAGCAACGGCAACAAUGUAGCCAAGGGCUUCCGCUGCUUCAUCUGGUGCCGCGCGAAGACUACUACAGCUGCUCCAACCACAACAACUGCUCCAACCACAACAGCUGCACCAACCACAACAGCUGCACCAACCACAACAGCUGUACCAACCACAACAGCUGUACCAACCACAACAACCGCAGCCACCACUCCCCAGGCCGUCACUUCACCAGACACUACUGCACAAUGUUAACUUAAGGACCACGACCCUGACACCUGCCAUGAUGGGUCACUACCCUCGGCUUAGGUGAUGGCCACCCAACAAUCUUGUAAUAAACGAUGCACCGAGUCAUUUAUCAGUGCGAAGAUCACCUGAAUAUUAGGCACCUCAACUUAUUUCACCCGAUGAUUCAACACUAACGCUAACCGAAUCUUAGGUGACGUAAUGUAACCUAAACUAACUUAACCUAUCCUAAUUUAACCUAAGCAUAUCAAACGUAAAGUAAUCUAACCUCAUCUAACCAAUAUAACUUAACCUAAUGCUCCCAAGAAACGUUAGGUUGUUCAGUCAUUAGGUGAAAUAAACCGGGGUGGCUAAUCAUCACGUAAUCCAUUUGCAAGUAUUGAAUAUUUAUAUAAACUGGGAAUAUUUUAUGGUGCAAAGUAAUAAAAUAAA